GCCAACACGAAACCCUACCCCCAAACCAUAUAAAACCAUAGAACGGAAUUAAGGUUGCUGAAACCCGGGAACUUAAAGGAGAUCCGCCAUGAAAGGUCGACUUUUGAAGCUCAAGGAAGCUCACAAGAACAAUGGAGUCAGUUCAUUCUGUUCCAUUCUCUGGGAUCUACAAGCUCAACAUCUUGUUACUUCGUCCGCUGCGGAUUCGACUCUUUCCAUUCACGAUCUCUCUCAUACGUCCAAGCCACCGAAGAUACUCAGUCAUCACAAAGAUGGUGUCACAGCGUUGGCUCUAAGCCCUAAUUCGACAUGUCUUGCUUCUGGCUCCGUGGAUCAUUCGGUUAAGCUCUACAAAUUUCCAGGUGGAGAGUUUCAGACCAAUGUAACCAGAUUCACAUUGCCAAUUCGUGCUCUUGCUUUUAAUAAAUCAGGCAGUUUGUUAGCUGCAGCUGGUGAUGACGAGGGUAUUAAAUUAAUAAAUACCAUUGAUGGUUCAAUUUCGAGGGUUCUGAAGGGGCACAAGGGACCUGUCACUGGCUUAUCCUUUGAUCCUAAUAGCGAGUACUUAGCUUCAGUUGAUUCAAUUGGAACAGUUAUAUAUUGGGGUCUCUGUUCUGGGGAAAUCAUACAUACACUCAAGGGCGUGGCUCCUGAUUUGUAUUCAGAAGAUUCUGUGUUAAAUAUAUUGAGCUGGAGCCCUGAUGGGGAAAUAUUGGCUGUUCCAGGCUUGAAGAAUGAUGUUGUGAUGUAUGAUAGAGAUACAGCUCAAAAACAGUUUUCACUCAGAGGUGACCACAGGCAAUCUAUUUGUUUCUUGUCUUGGUCUCCUAAUGGAAAAUACAUUGCCACUUCUGGUUUGGAUAGACAAGUUCUGAUCUGGGAUGUUGAUAGGAGAGAGGAUAUUGAUAGACAGAAGUUCGAUGAUAUAAUAUGUUGUAUGGCUUGGAAGCCGAUUGGGAAUGCUUUGGCUGUCAUUGAUGUUAUGGGAAGGUUUGGUGUGUUGGAGUCUACCAUACCUUUAUCAAUGAAAUCUCCUACAGAUGGUGCUUCUAGUUUACGGUCAAAGAAUAGUAAUGGGCUUCUGUUGUUUGAUGAAGAGGAUCAAGUGCCUGAUAUUUCAGGUACUUCGAGUGAUAUUGGUGAAGAUAAUUUUGGUGAAUCUGAACCAGUUAGCCGGAAACGACUGCGGAAAAAGACUGAGUUUGAUGAUAAUUUGGAUGAAAACACAAAUGAUCAUGGAGCGUUACUACCUAUGGUUGAAGUGCGUAAAAAAGGUUCUCUUAAUCAUAAGGAAAUGUUAAUUGAUAAGAAUGACAAUCUGGGAUUUAGGACUGCCACGACUUCUCAGAGGCUAAAAAUGCAAGAGUCUUUUCAGCCAGGUUCUACAACUGUACAGGCAGGGAAGCGACACUUCCUGUGCUACAAUAUGAUUGGGUGCAUAACAACAAUUGAACAUGAUGGGUACUCCCACAUAGAGGUUGAUUUUCAUGACAGUGGGACAGGCCCUAGGGUUCCUGCAAUGACUGAUUAUUUUGGUUUCACAAUGGCUUCAUUGAAUGAGAAUGGAAGUGUCUUUGGAAAUCAAUGCAAGGGUGAUAAGAACAUGAGUACUCUCAUGUAUCGACCAUUCAGUAGCUGGGAAAAUAACAGCGAGUGGUCAAUGCGGUUUGAAGCAGAGGAAGUGAAAGUUGUGGCUCUGGGUACUGGUUGGGUUGCUGCUGUUACUAAUCUUAAUUUUCUUCGCAUCUUCACUGAGGGUGGUCUGCAGAAGCAUGUUCUCUCCAUCAAUGGACCAGUAGUGACUGCAGCAGGCUUUAAAGAUGAACUGGCCAUUGUUAAUCAUGCUUCCCACUGUCUUCCUUCAAAUGAUCAGAUGCUAGAGUUCAAAAUUUUCAAAAUUUAUGAUGCAACUCAGUCCUUCUGUGGUCCGCUACCGUUGACUCCUGGUUCAUGUCUAACAUGGUUGGGAUUCAGUGAAGAAGGCCAACUGAGUAGUUAUGAUUCUAAGGGUGUUCUAAGAGUGUUUACGAACCAGUAUGGUGGCAGUUGGCUUCCAAUCUUCAGUUCUAGUAAAGAGAAGGAAUCUGAAAAGAACUAUUGGGUGGUUGGACUGAACACAAGCAAGUUGUUUUGCGUUGUCUGCGAAUCGCCUGAUACAUUCCCACCGGUGACACCCAAACCUGUUCUUACUUUACUAAACCUUUCAAUUCCUCUUGCAUCAUCUGAUCUGGGAGCAGGUGAUCUUGAAAAUGAGUUUAUGUUGAACAACCUAUAUCUCUCACAGAUACUGAAAAGAAUUGAUGAAAUGUCUGCUUCUGGGUUUGACACUACUUUGCUUGAUGAUGAGGCUUUCAAUAUUGAAGCGGCUCUUGACAAAUGCAUCUUGCGGCUCAUUGCAGCUUGCUGCAAUGGUGAUAAGCUUGUGAGGGCUACUGAACUUGUUAAGCUUUUAUCAUUGGAUAAGUCUGUGAGAGGUGCCAUAAAGCUUGUCACUGCCCUGAAGCUUCCAAUUUUAGCAGAGCGGUUCAAUGGCGUACUGGAGGAAAGGUUGCUGAAUGAAACUAGAGGGACUGUAGGAAAUCAAAAUCCAACCUCUGGAACAGCCUUUGCACAUGUAGCACACAAGGCGUUGCCUGCGGCUGACCAAUUUCCCUCCCCUCUGUUUUCAAAGCAUGAUAAAGAGGAAGUGCCAGCCAAAGUGGGAGGGGAGAAGAAGAAAACCGAUAGUGUUGUAGAUAUGGGGAGCAUGAAGAAUGAGGCACAUCAGGUAAAUUUGCAUCGACCUUCAAAUCCAUUUGCAACAAACCAGGAGAGACAAGAGAGAGCUACUGCAGGGAGGCAGAAGAUGGAAACAGAUGGAGUUGUGGGUCCUGGGAAGACUAAAGAUGGGGAGAAUCAGGUAAUGUUUCAUCGACCAUCUAAUCUAUUUGCAAAGGCAUCAUCAAUCGAUGAGGAGAAAGCACAAGAGAAGGCUAAAGUGGGAGGGCAGAUUGAAUCAAAUAGUGUGGAUGGGAUUGGUCAGGUGCAGUUUCAUCGGCCAUCGAAUCCAUUUGCAAAGGCAUCAACUAACCAGGAGGGGAAGCAAUCUCUGUUAGAUUCAAUUAAGAAGAUGAAGAAGGUUGACACUUUAGGCAAAAGAUAAUGGAAGUAUAGCUUAUAAUUAAUGAAAAACAGAAAUUCCCCCAAGGAAAAAAGAAGCAUCAUUUGUUUUUUUCCCCCAAAUCUGUUGCAUGGAAAUUAAAUGUUGUUGCAUGUAUAACCCAGAUGUGGAAUGGUUGCCUAUGUAAUUAGACACUUGUAUAUAAAUGAAGUUCUUACUUUCUUGUUUCUUAA